GUGAGUUUGUUUUUAAACAAAAUCCAAAAAAAAAAUUCUCAAAAACUACUAAGGAAUUAAGGAGAAUGUAAACCCAAAUAGGAUUAGGAGUUAGAAUAAAUACCAUAAUAUAUUAUAAAUGUGUAUACUCUUCUUAAUCACAAUUAGAAUCGCCUCUCCAUUAGAAAAGAUAUUGAAGAAACAGGAAAAGUUGCAAGAGACCUCGGAUGAAGAAUCAGGAGAUAGAUUUUUAUCAAACUCCGUCGGAUUGUUCGGACGAAGAGAUUCAACGAAGUUGCGAGUUUGUGAAAAAAGUGAAAGAGUUGGAUGAUAAGACAAUCAUCGUUAAAUUUGUCAAUGCAAUGAAGUCUUAUCAUUAUCAAUCUAAGUCUUUAAGCUACAUCGAUCUCAAAACCAAAGUCGCUUCCAUUCUUCGUAAUCACGACGUUUUGCUCCAAGAAUUCUAUCAGCUUCUAUUGGAUUUACCUAUCACGGAGAAGAAUUGUAACUCGGCAAAAUCAGACGUAGAACGCACGGUUGAGUUCAUGAACAAAGUGGAAGCUUUGGGGAAGGAUUUACACGGUGUGUUUCUAAAUCUGUUUGCCUUUGGCGGUGAUAUAGUGACUUUGAUUGAACAAUUCGACGUGAUUUUCCGCGAUCACGCAUCUCUUAAAGAGGAGUUUAAAGCGUUUCUAAUCGAUUCCCGUAUACUCAAAAACCCGAAACGUGGUUUUGAGGCGGAGGUUGAAGAGUCGAGGUACAUGGCGCCGUCGUAUAAGACUAGACUUGAAGCUGAAGAGGAAUUAUCAUCGUCUAUUCUCGUCAAUUUUCACACAUAACACACUUAUACAUUGAUGCUUUCUUUGCUUGUAAUCUAUCUAAAACUCGGGAUUCUACAUUCUACGGAUGACGGGCUUAUUUUCUAAUGUUGGACCCAUUUAGG